CUUCUAUUUUAUCACCUUGAAGAUGGAGCUGAAUACUUGAGAAAAGAUGUGGAUCAAGGCACUCAGAAAUCUUCAUCUGAAAUAUUGGUUCAGAAAGCAGAGUUUAGGAUGAAGUACAAUGUCUGAAAUAGUCAACAAGUGGCUAAAUUACUUCAUAAUUGUUAAUUUCUUGGAUUCAUGUACACUGGGCAAAGGACAGGGUUCUUCAAAAUAUAGAAGAUAAUGAAAUCUAAGGAUGUAUUUGAAAGUAUGACUAUAAUAAUACCUAUGAUAUAAUCACUAGAGUAAUCCCCAUGAAGUACUUCAUUUCUAAAUUCUUAUUUAAGGCAGAGACAAACUAUAUAUUUUUUUACAUUUCGGAGUCAUACAAUGGAAGGAAACAUAGACACAAAUCAGACUGAGACACUCCUGAAGAGAAUACAAGAACUGGAGAGAGAGGUACAGAGGCUACAACAGGAACAGGCUGACAAGAAGAAAAGCCCAAACAUCAGAGGACAAAGUUCCACUGAAAUUGGGAAACCAAAGAAACGGCACGAGCGUGCUUUUAACUUCAGUGCAUAUGGCCAAAGACAUGUAGCUCUAAGGAUAGCUUAUUUGGGCUGGGGAUAUCAGGGUUUUGCCAGUCAAGAAAACACAAGCAAUACCAUUGAAGAGAAACUGUUUGAGGCACUAAUCAAGACUCGGCUAGUAGAAAGCAGACAGACAUCCAACUACCACCGAUGUGGGCGAACAGACAAAGGAGUUAGUGCCUUUGGACAGGUGAUUUCUCUUAAUCUUCGCUCCCAACUUCUAGGGAGCAAGAAGCCAGAAGAUCAGAGUUUGAAAGACAGUACCAAUGACACUAUUGAAGAGAUUCGCUAUACCCAUAUUCUCAAUCGGGUCCUUCCUCCAGACAUCCGGGUACUGGCUUGGGCCCCUGUAGAAUCCAAUUUUAGUGCCCGGUUCAGCUGCCUUGAACGGACUUAUCGCUAUUUUUUCCCUUGUGCUGAUCUAGAUAUUGAAGCCAUGAAUGAUGCUGCUCAAAAAUAUGUUGGUACUCAUGAUUUCCGGAACUUAUGUAAAAUGGAUGUGGCCAAUGGUGUGAUAAAUUUCCAAAGGACUAUCCUGUCUGCUAAUGUACAACUAGUGGCCUUGCAGGAUUCAGGGGAGAAACUUCAACAGGAACCAUUCCAGUUGUGUCAAUUUGAAGUGAUUGGGCAGGCUUUUCUUUACCAUCAGGUACGCUGUAUGAUGGCCAUUCUUUUUCUGAUUGGCCAGAGAAUGGAGAAACCAGAGAUCAUUGAUGAACUUCUGAACAUAGAGAAAAAUCCCCAAAAACCACAGUACAGCAUGGCAGUGGAAUUUCCUUUAGUUCUACAUGAUUGUAAAUUUGAGAACAUCAAAUGGAUCUAUGACCAGGAAGUUCAGGAGUUUAAUGUCACACAUCUGCAGCAACUGUGGGCUAAUUAUGCAGUUAAAACUCACAUGUUAUACAGCAUGCUUCAGGGACUUGACACUGCUGCCAUAUCCUCUGGAUCAGGAUCAAAAAGAAAUGAAGUGGUCCAGUGGAAAGAUGUCAAACCUUCUGUCCAGAAGCAGAUCAGUGCCUUUGUAGAGGGAGUGAAAACACGAACCUAUAAGCCAUUAUUGGAUCGUCCUAGAUGUGAAGGCUUAGAGUCCCGGAUCCGGCACUUUGUUAGAAAGGGACGAAUUAAGCAACCACAAGAAUGCCAAGAGGAGGAAAGAAAAAUCAAAAGGGACCACAGUGAUACUGCAGAAGAAAACACCUCAGAAAAACUAACCAAGAAGAUCUGUGUUACUAGGAAUUAAAAAUGGUACAUGGUCUUAGCAAACACAAUGAAAAAUGAAGGGGCAAAUCAGUUUAAAGACUAACCAAAAUGAAUUUUCGUUGAAGAGCUAGCAUACAUAAACUUUUUUUUUUUUUUUUAAAGAAAGAGUAUGUUCUCAGAAUUUUAUCUGCUGGUUUUCCAUAAAGCUUUAGGUUAAAAACAAAAUCAAAAUUUUACAUUUUUAAACUGAACUUACUUUGCUCCAAGUAUGAAGUUAGUGGUUGAUGAAAGCACAACUUGGACCAACAGGGAACAGGGAUGAGUCAGCAAUAUAAAUGGAAAUAUUUCCCACACCUAGAGACUUGUGCCUUUGUUUUCACAUUCAUUAAAGAAACUAUUUAAAGGGGGCGGAAAUUACUCUUAAAAAGGUCAAUCCUACUGUUUAUACUUUUCAUUAAUUAUCUGAGCAUUCCCGAGUGUAAUGAAGAGCACAAAAAGUGAAAUAGGGUUAAAAAGAUGGAUUGGAACUAGAUUGUGGAAAUUCUUAAAUUUUGGGAGUGAAAGGCAAUAGAAAUCUACUAAAAGUUUAUAAGCAGCAUCAUGACAUGGGAAUUCUGUGGCUGUAAUCUUUACAAUUAUGUGGAAAACGGUUUGGAAAGACAAAGGUCUGAUGUGAAGAUGAUGAAUUAGGAAGAUAAUGUAAUGCCAAAGAAACUGAGCAAGACAGAAGUUAGAGACCAAUUCAAUAGUUUACUAAAUGGAGAGAGAUACUGGGACCAGACGGAUCUUGGUACCAGGGCUGGAUGAGACUAUCAUCUCAAAGAAUCCAGCCCUGAGUCCUAGGACAGCAAAUUUUUUUAUAGGAUGACAAGAAUAGUGAUACAUAAUGGGGGAGGUACCUAGGUGGGGAUAACUUAAUGGUGAGGGAGGCCCCUAGGAUGACACAAUGGAGGGAGGUUACUGAUAUUCUAAUGAUUCUAAAAUGGAUAAACCUUUAUCCUGUCAAACAUUAAGAAGGAAUGUCUAUAACCUAAAGAUAUAAAACCUUCAUCUCAUCAACCAUUUAAGAGGGAAUGAUUAUAGCCUGAAGUUUUGGGGAGAGCAACUGAGGUAGACCUUUAUCUCAUCAAACAUUAAGAGGGAAAGGCUAUAACCUGAGGCAGAAUAACUAAGUAGGACAAUUGGGAAACUGGGUCAGGACAUUAAAAGGGUACAACAAUAAGGUUCUGACUUAGGUUGGGGUCUUUGUUAAUGGAGAAAGAGGGUUGGACAAUGAGGUUUUGGCAAUUGAUUGCAUAAAGGAGAGGGUUGUGGGAGAAAAAGAGAGGCAAAAUUGACAGAUUAUGAAUUUAGAUGACAGUAAGCUUAGAGGAGAUGAAAUUCAUAAGGAAUGGGUGGUAACUAAAAGAAAUGAUCAAAACAAUUUAGCCUGUUUUAUUCAUUUCUAGGCUCAACUUAUUUACAAUGACUUUCAAAGACACACAAAUACAUAAAGAUGUACUUAUGUGUGAUGUCUUUUAUGUUAUUUAUAUGAGUGCAUUCCCUCAACAUUUUUUGUGUACGUCACUUUCCUGAGUGAAUGAUAAGGUGUAACUUUAAAGGUAACUUCACUGCAUCAACGUUUUCCAUUUUAUUCAAAGCAAGAUGGCUGGUGUGUCUGAGGCCCCAGAUUAUUUUCCCCCCCUUUUCAAAUUCAGAUCAAUCUUCCCCCUUAAUUUGUGCCCUUGUACUAGGGAUUUCAUUGUGCAUGUUGACGCUUCUUCACACUCCUUAAGGAUGGUAAAUAUGAUAAGCUUCUUUUAUCAAAAUCUGACAUUAUUCUGUCUUAGCCCUCCCUAAACUUAUUUGCUCUCAACUGUGACCUCUGAUCCCUUUACCUUUUGGCAUUUUCUCUAUAGUCAUUAUUCCCUGCUCUGAAUUCUCUUUCAAAUCAUUAUCUUGUAACUUACAUGCCUGAGUGAAUGAAUGCCACAUUGCCAUCAACCCUUAACAGUGUGUUUUUUUAGUAUUGCCAAUCCCUUUCCAAAUUCUAGAUUUGGAUUGCUCCCACCAUUCCUUUUCUGCAUUUCUCAAGUGCUACCAAACAGACUGCAAAGCAAACUGGGUUUGCAAAGCAAAAUUCAUGUUAUCCAACUUUACCUGGACCCUCCCCUACAGGAAAAUAAUUCUUUUACUCCUCAAUUGUUAACUUAUUUCAUUCUCUAUAGCAGCUAAUCUAUCUUAAAACUCCCACAACUCGUUUCCUGAGAAAAUAGGCUAUAUAUGAUAUAAAUUCUUUCUUCUCCCUUUCUUUUGAUUUUAAAAAUUGAUAUCAUCUUCCCAUCCCUAAACUUCUUCAGACUGAAGAUGUUUACCUUUUCCUUGCCACGGCCAACCUCUUUCUAUAAUCUUCGAUCUCAAACCUUACUAUCUUCUUAACCAUCUUCUAAUCAUCUCUCUCCACAUCCUACUGGUCUUUUAAAGACUGGCCACUGGACCCUGAUGGCUCUGGAGGGGGAAGUGUGGCAGGUUACUUUGCAUAGCCCUCCUUCACUUAAAUUCAAUUCACUUGCAUCUUAUGGCAUCACCUCACUACCCAACCACUGGUUCUUUCCUUGCAAUUUUUCAAAUAUGCCCAAGCUUUCCCUAUCCUCUUAAAAAAAUAAAAUAAAACAAAACAAAAAAAAAAAAUUACCCUAGUCUCUAUCUUCCCUUUCUCAGCCAAAUUUCUUGGGGGGAAAAAAAGCUCUUCACAUAUAUCUCCUCUCUCAUCUUUAACCUUUUGUAGUCUGGCUUGCAAACUUAUGACAAUUGCUCUCUUCCAAGUUACCAGUGUUAACUUAAAUUGUCCAAUCAGAUGGUUUUAUCUUAGUCCUCAUUAAGCUUAAUUUCACAGCAGCAUUUGACAAAUUGUUGUCACAUUCUCUCUUCUGAAUUUUUAUAAUGCUGACAAUUUCCUUUAAUGUUUUUGCUAUCUUAUUAUCUCCACUCUCCUGAGCUUCACCAAAGAUCUUUUGGACAAUUGAAUUGGGUUGUUCCAGAACCAUUUCAAUUAUGCCCCGAACAAAACUUCUUUCCUGAUAAAAUGCAUUUUUUCUAAAAGUCGAUUUUUACUGAAAUCGCCACCAGUCUUCUAGACAGUAGUCCUAGUUCUCACUUCCUUUCUCCCUCACCCACCACCACCCAAGUUGUUGCUCAAUAAUGCUAUUUCUACUCCUGCAGCAUAAUUUGAAGCUGUGCUUCUCUCUUUAUUCACACCUUGGUUCAGGCUCAUUAAUUGCCAGAUUUCUCCAUACUGUUAGUUUCUCCCCAUUCUAGUCUAUCUACAUAGAUGCCAAAGUCAUUUCCUUUGGUGCAUAGAUUUGUCACUCCCACUUUUAAUAAACUCCAAUGGCUCUUUAUUUCUACUAAGAUCAAACAGUAUGGCUCCAACAACCUCUCUUACCUCAAUGCACAUUGCUCCCCUCCUGUGCUCUGCAAUCUAGCCAAAGUGGCCUUCUAAAUUCCUCAUGUUACUUCAUUUUCCAUUUUUAUGACUCAUUCUGGCCACCUGCAAUAAACUUUUUUCUCAUCUCUGCCUUUUUUAAAGACACAAUUCCAGUAACACACCUCACUGAAGCCUUUCUUAAUCUUCCCAACUGUUAGUGCUUUCCCCUUCUACUUUUAUUCUCUGUAUUACAUAUAUACUUAUGCAACCCUUCCUGCCCUUAGAAUUCAGGUUUGUUUGAAAAUAGGGAUUGUCUGAUUCUUUUAAAUUUGUAUUCUCAGGGAAGCAGAGGAAAUGCUUAAUAAAACGCUUACAGAUGGAUUGAUUAUUUCAUCAUGAAUUUUACUCAGGGCCCCAGAUUUAGUCAACAAACAUUAUUAAGUGCCUUCUAUAAGCUAAGCACUGUGCCAAACAUUGGGGAUACAAUUAUGAAAGACAGUUCCUGCCCUCAAGGAGCUUACAGUCUAAUUGGGCAAGAUACAAUCGUUCAUCACCAAAGAAGAACAUCUGGAAAAAUUUACCCGACACAGCAAGGGUUAACCAUAGGUAGUUAAAACCUAUGAACAACUUCUCAGAAUAAUGUUUUAAAGUAAUCAAUUGCUAAAAAUAAUAGCAUUUAUACUUUAAGGUUUUCAAAGCAUGUUACAAAUAUUUUUAUUCUAAUCAAAGGAAAUAAAUAAUAAAUUUCAUUUAGAGGUUUUAAAGUAAAUAUGGCUCUUUCCCCUUUUCCCAAAUCUAAAUCCACAGAUGCCAACACCCUGCUCUAUAGUAAUCAUUCUCAAGCUUCAUGGCACAGUAUUUUUUACUGUUAGGAAUUGAGGCACUCUCACUACAGGAAGGUUAGCAGACUCAUGAAUACAAUUAAGCAAUUGUAAAUAUUAAGUUCUAUUUAAGAACACUGUGUUGGAUGAAAUAUGAAAUGAUUAAGGAAACAAGGGUUCAAUCUUCUAAGCACAUCAAUUAAUAAUUUAUUAAUAAUUAAUGUCAAUUGCCCCAUAAACCCAUAUCAGACCUCCUUAACUUAGGCUUGGUUCUUAAAUACAAGGGAAGAUAAUUUUUUUACGGAAUAAAAUAAGUUAAAACAAACAGUACAUUAGACUAUGAUGAUUUCUAAUUGGAGGAAAGAUUAGAAAUUUUCCAAGCUGGGAUGGAUAAAGUAGAGUGAACAGAUGUAAUUCCUUGAAUUCAGCAAAAAGGGGUGUCCUAUUCCACUUAAGAGUCUGUGAAUUAUCAAGGGAACAUGGAAACAGUAAAUGACAGAUCAGUAUUAGGCCAAUUUUCAAGAAAAGUUGCUUGAGAUGUACAAUGUGAGAAAACUUUUUGUGUCAAUCUUUGGAUCUGAUUGGGUCAGCAUAACCCAAGUCCUUAUUAAGGAUCUAUAAACAGCAGGUAGAAGUCAUCUAGUUUCUCAAUGUACAAAGGGCUGGGUUCAAACAAUGCACUUGCCACAAGUGAAUAAAGUUUUUUCACAAGACAGACACUGGACUAGACCCAUGAUAAAAUAGAAAAGGAACUGAGCAAAUCCAGAACUGAGUUGCAAGGUGGAAUCAUUAUGAUUCCUCAAUUCCACAAUUAACCACUUCCACACUUAGCACGGAAAUCCCUCACCAAUUUUGAACCCUGUGUGAUCUGUUUUCUCCUUCAUGACAACGGAAACAUUUGGCUGUUUUUUGCUUUACCUGAUAUUAAUUCAAAAGGUAAAAUGAGAUUUCUCUAUUCUAAUUGUUGGGGAAUCUUUUUUUUUUUUUUAUCAUUUUGAGGUGCACAAGAGAUAUUAUUGAGAGCUUUUAAGUUAGUGUUCCAGUUAACCAAAUUUUAGAAAAAUCAAGAAACAAACAACACAAUAGGAUCUUGUAUUCUCCAUGUCUUUCUGUCAAUUUUAUGGUUGCUAGAUCUGUCUUUGGGAAAUUGCAAAGUUUUUAUUGACCCUAAACUUCCCUCCAAAUAAAAGCCUCUGUUUUUAAUACCAA